UGACGAAACACCCUGAACCCAUCACAAAUCGCAAUCUCAAAAUCAAACGGUAUUUUUCCUCUCAAUACUGUAAUCGUCCUUUCUUCGUCCAAAUAUUAGAAGUUCCACAACGAUGUCAUCUCGUCUGAACAAGCAUGACACCGCAACUGGUUAAAUGUUAACCGAAAUUGAAUCCCAUUUUCCCUAGAAGUCGCGAAAAAGCAAACGAUAAAUUACAAUGACGACGACGAUACCUCGGUACGAGCUGUUGCAUCACGGCGCAGCGGCCAACUCCUCUCCGAAGGCGAUCGCCUGUCUACCAAACACUGGUGGCGAUAUCCUUCAAGGACGGGACGAGGAGUGUGGCGCUGGGUCAGAAGUAGGGACCACAGAAUUGAUUUAUGCGAGCCAUUUGAUGUUAAACGUGGCGAAACCCAUGAAGUUAUUUGUAGGUAAUGCGAAAGACAGUGGCGACGAAACAAAUGCGGUGAAGAAUCACGAAAAGAUAUGGAAUGUAGAACAAACACUUCGAACAAGCACCUCGCUGACUGCGGAAGAGGUCGAGACAGCUGCUGCAAACGUCUCAACAAGAACUGCCAAACGUGUCAUCACUUGCGUAGUACAAUUAAAGUGGCUAUCGCAUCAGGAYUCGSCCAAAAAUCGGAAUCRCGAUGAUGUAUUAGUCUGUGGAUUUUCCGACGGAAGUUUGACCUCUUGGUAUCGACCGUGUGGCAGUAAAGACUGGGAAGAAUACGUUCUUCUUUCGCAUAGCGAGGGAUCCAAGCACAAACACUUUUCGUCUGACGAAAAUUCGAAUAAAGACGAUGUUACUGMGAUGAAGGGAAGAUCGAUUACGGACAUUGAUGGAUAUGUAAUUUAUGGCAAUCACGACGACGAAGAAAAACAAACAUUGAAUCUCUCUAUAGUAACSUGCUCUUCGGGAGGUGCUCAAUACUUUCAAUUUUCGCUGCUAUUGAGCAUCAACGGCCGCAAUGAUGGAGCUAGUACUKGGAGACAACGAAAAGAGCCACAGUAUGCGGCGAUAAAGGAUACAAAAAAUGUAAUUGGAACUCCAUCGAACACUGUGAAGUUCCAUACAAUAGUUUCGAGUGAAGGAGAAAAAUCAACUCGAYAUACGAUUGAUGGAAAGCAGAACAUUCKUGGAAUAUUUUUGGUGGGGACAGCGGCCCCUCGACACAACAAAAUUCACGUUCUAGUCCUGCCUCCUACUGUACAGGAGAACGACAUUCCGGCUGCCCCGAAAUAUUCUGGAUCUCUAACAGGUCACGAAGACUGGAUUACCUGUUUYGAUUGGAAUACGAACUUUGAACUCACUUUUGUACACAAAGCUAAUGAUGGAGAGAGUGGUGCGAUUCCUACAGUAGACUGUUGUUAUCUCGCAAGUGGCAGCCAGGAUGCAAAGAUUCGGCUAUGGAAGUGGGUAACAACAACUUGCAAAGUGGAAGAUGAGAUCGCAUUUUCCGAMAGACAGAUURGAGAUUCACAGGCAUCAAUAAAAGAGCAAGGUAUUUCUAGCAUUGACGAAUCAGGAGACGGUGAUCGUAAUGUUGAUGUUGCCGAYGACGAUGAUGACGACGACGAGGAGGAAGUUAUCGAAGGAGAAGCGCGUUUGGAAAUCCAACACUACGGCUGUUCUGAAAAAAAUCUACUUAAAACUUCGGUAUAUCUCGAAGCACUACUSAUUGGACAUGAAGAAAUGGUUACAUCAGUAGCGUGGCAUCCUAAUCCAAAGGCUCUGUACGACGAAGAAAUGAUUUUGGUUUCGAGUAGUAUGGAUAGAUCUAUUUUUAUCUGGAGCGUCACUGAUGAUGGAGUCUGGACGCCCAUAUCUCGCGUCGGUAGUCCAUGUGGAAUCCUGGGAGGUCCAGUGGGAGCUUCACUUCUUGGCUAUCUUAACAUCCAAAUCGAGCCACAUUUUGGAAGAUGGAUCAUGGGUCAUGCCUACGGAGGGGCUCUCCAUUUUUUUUCAUGCGAACGAAACACCGAGGAUAGAAAUUUGAAUGUAGAAAGUAGUGAACAAAGUCAUAUGAGCAUCGAAGAACGAGCAGCUCUUGUCAAAUGGAAGGCUCAGCCUUGCAUCACAGGACAUUUUGACGAGGUUACUGAUCUGUGCUGGGAAGCCAUCAAAGGAGAAUAUCUUAUCACCGUAAGCAACGACGCUACUUGUCGUCAAUGGGCACCCAUKACUAAAUUKCUMGAUGCGUGGAUCGAAAUUUCAAGGCCCCAAGUUCAUGGGUAUACGCUUUCAGCUGUUACAUCUCUUUCUACUCCUGAUCACGAAUAUCAAUUGGUGACAGGUGCCGAUGAAAAGGAGUUACGGGCCUUCGACGGGACAAAWUCUUUUCUCCGCAUGCUUCGCUUAAUCUCGGAAGCRCGAGGUGAAACAAAUUGUGGUGSUACCAGAAAUGAYAUCUCUCGAGUCGAUCGUGCGUACAUGCCUUCACUGGGAUURAGUAACAAGGACUCAGCUGCUGAUGGUGCCGACGAGGAUACUGCAGGAGCAUCCACAWCGAGUACGUUACUCCCGAUAGAAAAAGACCUUGGUUCGACUUCUCUAUGGCCAGAGGUUCGCAAACUAUACGGGCAUAAUUCUGAGAUUGCAAGACURACGUCAACCCUUUCAGCGAGAACUUGCUUAUCUACUCAGUAUUCCACUUCUUAUUUCAAUCAAGUUUUGGUAGCUUCCACGACGAAGGCGAGAGAUGUUAAUACAGCAGCUAUUCGACUUUGGGAUAUUAAUGCGAAUAGAUGCCUACAGAAUUUACAGGGUGGGCAUCGAUCCACGGUUACUGCCUUGAGYUUUUCACCAGAUGGAACRUAUCUUGCAUCUUCGGGCAAAGAUCGUCGACUCUGUGUAUGGAAGCGACGCACGGACGAUAACACCUCUGCACAAAAUGAGUUGUUUUUCUUGGCAUCAGCUGUGAACUCUUCACACAAGAGAAUCGUAUGGAGUGUUCAUUUCUGCCCACACAACCCGACAACUCUUGCAUCUGGAUCCAGGGACGGGACGAUCAAACUUUGGAAGAUCACGGAAGGUGCAGGUCAAGGGGAUCAAAACACCACGGUAGUGGAGUAUUCAAAAUUUGURCCCAGCGUUGAUGUCGAUACUGGUCAUGCAUCGAAAGAUAAACCCGAAGCUGUAACAAGUCUUGCCUUUUCACCCUGCAAGUUCAAUAACCAAAAYAAUGGGGUCAUCGCUAUUGGUUUGGAGAAUGGAYUUAUUCAGCUUUGGUCUGUGCCAAUAAUUCCAAGCUUAGAUGGCAAUGUAGUAGAACGGCCAUCGACAUUAGCUCUCUUUGACGCCCACUUUUGCCACAUCGGAGCCAUWUGGAAGCUUGCAUGGAGACCCAGAAGAGAUGACGAGAUUGGUCCGUUUGUACUUGCUUCUUGCUCAUCGGAUAACGGUUGCCGUAUUUUUAGUGUUUGGCUUCACAACGAAUGAAGAAUUCGAUGAAAAGURCUCUGCUACCMCUGUCAUCGAUCAAAUAUCGAAUCAUAAAUUCAAACGCUAAUA